UUUUUCUUGUAGUCUAUUUAUUAAUUUAAUUUGUUCACUUUUUUUAAGAAAACGGAUAACAAUGGGAAAUCGGAGAAAGAAAAUGUCAGAUAAAACUGAAAUUACUCCGGACUCGGGGACGGAUCGACGAUCAAAAUCUAAAUCUCAGUUUAAGAACAAGAAUAGGACUAAGAAACGUUCUGGAAAAGACAGAAAGCAGCAAGGUUUUGUUGAGACUACGAAAGGAACCUGUCAAUUAUGCAAGCGAAGCACCAUACAGGAUCCACAGAACUCGCUGAACAGAGGGAGAUUAUUUACAAACAAGAACAUAACUGUUCAUCAAUUCUGUAUGUUCUUCUCAACCCAGGGGAAGCAGCGUGGGGCGGAUGAUGAAGGCUUGUUUGGAUUUCUACCUCAGGAUAUCUUGUCAGAAAUCAGGAGAGGAGAUCAACUAAAAUGCGGAAUAUGCGCUCUCAAGGGAGCGACUAUAGAAUGUGGGAAGAAAGGUUGCAAAAAAACUUUUCAUUUCUGUUGUGGAUAUCUUCGAAAUUAUAAAUUUGUAUUCAAAAACACCUCUAAGGCCUACUGUACUGAGCAUAGUAAUUGGAAUAAACCUGGAAAAUCUGAAACUAACCUGGACUGUCCUAUCUGUAUGGAAAAGGUUGUUGGUGAACUAUGUAUCAAAACUGCCUGCUGUAAUCAAUAUCUUCAUCAUUCAUGUAUUCAACAACUAGCCCUCACUCAAGGAUCAUAUCAUUUCAAAUGUCCACUGUGUGCUGAUACAGAUAAGUUUGAGAAGAAAUGUUCUGAUAGUGGAAUAUAUAUCCCUGUACAAGAUGCCAAAUGGGAAACUGAAGACUAUUUCAGAUAUGUGGAUUACCCUGAUUUAAGCUGUGUUGCGUCCUCCUGCUCCUGCGAGGAUGGGGUAGGACGGAGUAGGAUCGGAACUGUCUGGGAACUCAUGAAAUGUGACAGCUGUGGAGGGAAUCCUGUUCAUAUCCAUUGCGGAAACCUUGAUAUGCAUGCUCCGGAUUACAUAUGUGACGAUUGUAACGUCGACCCUGAACACUCUUCUACAUUCCCUUUGCAGACCUUAAUGCGAGAAGGUGAAGAAAACGCUACGUUGGAUUCUCCUGUUCCAUCCUCUAGAAGAAGAAUCUACUCCCUGAACAGGAGUCUCAGAAGCAGCUUGGAGAACAGGAAGAGGAAGGAGAAGAGAAAAGAUCUGAAAACCAAGAAACAAGAGAACAAGGUCGUUAGUGGAGAGGAGAGUUGUGUUCCACGAAAACGGAAGAAGAGAGGUUCAAUUGAAGACAACCCUACUAAAAGAAGAAAAUAUCCUGGUUUAGAAGAAGAUAUUCUUGUUCCUAUUUCUUGUCCUGAUUGCGCGAAAGAACUUUUCUUUGAAUCAACAAUGGAAAAGCACAUGAAGAAUAUGCAUGGAAAGACUAUAAAACUGCUGCAAGCAAAAUCAAGCUUGAAUAGAGCUGUGGGACGACCGAAAGGGACUAAAAAUAAAAAAAGAGGAGUAGGCCAAGAUGGAGGAGGUACAAAAGGAAUAAGAGGAGUAGGCCAAGAUGGAGGAGGUACAAACGGAACAAGAGGUGUAGGCCAAAAUGGAGGAGGUACAAAAGGAACAAGAGGAGUAGGCCAAAAUGGAAGAGGUACAAAAGGAACAAGAGGAGAAGGCCAAAUUGGAGUAAGUAUAAAAGAAACAAGAGGAGUUAUAGGCCAACCUGAAGAAAGUACUAAAGGAACAAGAGGAGUAGGCCAACCUGAAGAAAGUACUAAAGGAACAAGAGGAGUUGGAGGCCAACCUGAAGAAAGUACUAAAGGAACAAGGGGAGUAGGCCAACCUGAAGAAAGUACUAAAGGAACAAGAGGAGUUAUAGGCCAACCUGAAGAAAGUACUAAAGGAACAAGAGGAGUAGGCCAACCUGAAGAAAGUACUAAAGGAACAAGAGGAGUAGGCCAACCUGAAGAAAGUACUAAAGGAACAAGAGGAGUUGGCCAACCUAAAGAAAGUACAAAAGAAAAGAGAGGAUCUAAACGUGACAAGAUUGGUAUAGUCCAAAGAGAGCCAGCAACCCCUCGUCAGUCUAGUCAAGAUCAAGCCACGCAAACAGAAAUCCCUGAGUUGUGUUUUAUCUCUGUUGAAACGUAUUGUAGUGCAACCAACCAGUUGAUUCCAAGCCAGGAAUCUCCAGACGACAAAUAUAUAGAAACUAUAACAAUCACUGAUGAAGAUGAAGACCUUGAUGACUAUACUCCUUGGUCUGAGAGAGUUACCAGCAUUGUUAUUCAGGAAAAUAGUUCAAUAUUUAUUGAUUCUGAUGAUGAGUCUCGAGCUGUGGAAAAUAUUAAAUCAGGAAGAUGUUGGCAGGACGGAAGAGUGUCUCCUGUUGUGGAAUUGAUAACUCCAGAUGUAUUCUCAGAAGUAAGAGGUGGAGAAUUCUUUAUUAAUGGUGAUACAGCUAGGAGUAGGACAGUUGAAAGAGAAACUCAAGAUAAUGAUUCGGAAGAAAUUGAAGUUAUCACUAUUAAUGGUUGAAAUAGUAGCUGAACCAGAGGCAGUAUUUUAACACAGGAAAUGAUCAUCAACGUAAAUACAGUUUUUUUUUUUUUUUUUUGCACCAAUAAUGUGAUUCAAGAAUAAUUUAGAGUAUCUUUAUAUUGAAAAUUGCAUUGAGUGCCAAAGUAAGAUUAUAUAUUUCUUUUGUUCCUUCUGAAUGUUAUCUUUAACGUCAAUACCAUUUGUUUUUUAUCAUUGUAUUUUUUGUACAAAUUAUGUGAUCAAAUUAUUAAAAGAUAAACAUAUUUUCUUUUUGCAUUAAUUAAUAAAGCAAGAUAUUUUUGAUCUUCAACGUUUAUACCAUUUUUUACAUGGAUAAUACCCAAUAUUGUUUGUACUAAGAAUAUUAUCCUAUUACC